CUCUCCGCUCUUGUCUCUGCUCACAGUCAGACGCUCCGGCGGAAACGUCGCUCCUCAGUGUUUUCCGUAGUCAUCGUAGACUAGCAGGUAACGGCUGACAGUGGACUUAGUGCACACAAAGAAAAGAUUUAGUUAGUAUCUUUGUCUCAUUUUCUCAAAAUGCCACUGGAGAAUCUGGAGGAAGAGGGUCUGCCUAAGAACCCUGACCUGAGAAUAGCCCAGCUGAAGUUCCUGCUGACCAUGGAUGGUCACCGACAGGAUGCUAAAGUGAAGACGGAGCUGAUGGACUCGAUCAAAGCUAACAGUGAGUUAGCACAAAACCGCAAUAAGUCAUGGUAGCCGAAAUAGCCAGAACACUCUACAAAUGUUUUAAUGUAUACACUUAAAUGUUUAAGUUGUGGCUUUUUUGUCUCGGGAACAUCGAAAAACACACGAAAACAUUUUACUAGCUCAUGGGGAAACUAGCAUGUCAGCUAGUUUUUAGCAAACGCCUGCUAACUAACACGAAAUGUGUUCGCUAUUAGAUACUGUACACCGAUAAACUAUAUCAUUGUGAACUUAAGGGUACAACUAAUGUUUGUGUCACGAAGGGUGUAAUGAUAGUUUUUGUUGAAACGAACAGUGUGUGAUAUUGAAGAGUCUGCUGUCAUUUUAAUAGACUUCAUUAGCAAACACAAAGGGAGGAGAAUAUUCACUAAAAUGCACCACAGUAUACCUGAAACACUAUUUAUUGUUUUUAAUAACAGGUUUUCACCUUUCUGACCAUGCCAAGAAAAACUGAAUAUGCACAAGUUUCUUAAAAAGUAGAUUUUGCUGAAACAUGAACCGGGGUUACAAACUACAGGUGUUUUUCUUACAGGCUUUUGGCUCAAUCCCCAAAUAACAAAACCUUUUUACAAAACAGAUCAGGCUCACUUCUUAGAACAAUAAGUUUGUUCACAACAGGUCAGAGUUUCUCAUUCAUUUAGGUAAACCUCACUUCUUUUUUAAAAUUGUUUGUUUGUUUGUUCAUGUGGACACAAGAGCGGGACACAAAAUUCUUUUGUGCAUUAUGAUUUUCAGUGAACUUGUCAAACCCCUCUCAGCUCAGAAACACUCACAGUUUCAUGCAGAAUUAUUAUUUUUUACUAGGGCUGGGUGAUGUGUGAAAAAGUUUAUCAUGAUAUAUAUUUUUUCAUAUCAGUCUAUAUCGAUAUAUAUAUCACAUGUAUAAAAAAUGAAAUUUAACAGUGCUUAUUGGUAGCAUGUCUUUUGCAAUACAAUAAGCUACUGCAUCUGUGAGGUCUUUGUGUCUCUUUGACAUUUUAUUGUAAGGCAUUGCACUAAAGAAAGUGGACUGUUUCUGCUGCACAAGCACCAUGGGCCCCUUGCUUCGCUCAGGGUUUGAAAUCUUGUGCAUUGCGCAUGCUCUGCUGUGUGGCACUGCUUCAAGUGGUGAAAAAGAUGUGAGGUAUUCCCCAACUUUGCAAGAACAUGUACUCAACAUAAUUUGGAGUGCACAUUACUCUUCUUCAUGUCCAACCUCAAAAUACCUCCACACCACCGACAAUUUCGUGCCAGUGUUGUUGAUGAUGUCAUCAUCUGUUGAGUCUUAAGGUCCUCACACACUGGGAACGAUGCAAAUAUAAGACGCGAAAUUAAAAAAUAAUUUCGCAAAUGAUUUUGAUGCGCCUGACUAUACACAUCAAGUACAAUGUGAUUUUGCAACUUUCGUGACUUUUGUGUUUAAAAAGACGCGUCCCGGGUGGAAGCGAUAAGACUGACACAACAGCAGACUGACUGUUUUCAGUUCCGAUUAGACACUCAUGUUGAGAUGGCUGUCUGUCAUGAUAGCAUGUAUUGAGUCGGGGCCAGUACCAGAUAAGCACAUGAAACUGACAAAACAACUUUUCAUUCUGGUGGCACUGGUUAUACACAUGAGAGAAAAUCUAGUUUUUGCAUCAUAAACAAAAUGUUUGGGUGUCUUAACUACCCUUUUCAAACAUGCAGUUUUAGAUUAAUACACCAUGAAACAGUUGAGAUGAUUUGACUGACAGUUUAGAGAAACUUAAGACUGUCCCCAAAAAUGAGCUAAAAGAAUUUGAGGAAAAAGUGUAGAAGCUUUUAAACCUGAACCAUCAGAGUUUAUCAAACAAUUUUUUCCCCCUCUCUACAGACAUGGCACCGUACUAUGAGGGCUUGUGUAAGGAUCUGAAGUGGCAGCUGGACAGUGACCUGCUGAGUAAAAUGAAGAAAGCCAAUGAAGAGGAGCUGAAGCGCCUGGAUGACGUGCUUGAGGAUGCAGAGAAGAGCCUGGGAGAGAGCGAGAUUCGAGACGCCAUGAUGGCCAAAGCUGAAUAUCUGAUCAGAAUUGGAGAUAAGGUAACGCUUCACUCAGCUGACACAACAUUCAUAGCUGAGCCAGAGUCUGUCCAGACCACUCUGACACCCUGAAUAUAAUUCCUUGAACCUGGCCUUUGGGGCACGCCAACUAUUUGCCACUGUCACAAGGUGACACCUCACACCCAACAGUGUUUAGUAGCGUGGAUGCCUUUAUAAAAUAAGAAAUAUAUGCACUGUGAUGUAAAACUGGCCAAUAUUAUGAUAAUAACUCACCAUUUUUAUGUUUCCAACAAUGUCUGCAUUUGCAAUAUGAAUCCAAAGUAAAUCCAAGAAACAUUUUCCACCUUAAGAUAAGAACCAAUAAUCUGACUGCAUCAAAAUAGUGUAAAAGAGUGACCUUUAUAUUCAGGCUUUCACCCACUAGAUAAAGUUGAAGGGUUGACUAAGUGAGAUAAUAUUGUUGACUUGAAUCAAAAAACUUUUCUUAUCUAUUGUGUAGAUUUCAAGUCUUCAGGAUGUGGUUAUUGUAAAUGAUCAUUUUGUGACAACACUGAAACCAUUUUUAACUGUGCAGGCCCGGACUGUAGAAACUAAAGGUGCAGCCGCGUGUGUCUUUACCAUCAGAGCUCUUCAUUCACUCCUCAUAACAGCUGCCUAUUACUGCACAGCAUCACACUAAUAGUUUUUAGAUAUCUACAGUAUACUAUAUACUGUAGAUAUACUGUAGGUUACUGCUCUUCAUGCUGACAGGAAGACCGACUGAUCAAACUUGGACCAGGAAAGUGUUUUCCAUCCCUGCGCCAAUCGGUGCCUCCGCGUCUUAACUCAUGUUACUCAUUUCAGUCCGGUCUCCUCUGCAGACAUGCAGCUGCCUCAGUAAGAGAAGUAGCUCGAUCACGUAAUGUGUACUGUUGUUUAUUCUACCGUUACUGGCACGGCUAACAGUGUAGCAAGGCUAACAGCAGAUGGCUAACUUUAGCUUGUAUAUUACACGGUGCUUCACCGUUAACUCGGCGUGACCGAGAUCAGCACAGCGGAGAACAUCGUGAAGUGUGUAAAUUCAAACUUGCCGGCGAAAACUGGCGAGUUUUGGCCAAUUACCAAUUAGUCUCAUACGGGCUAAAACUGGCCAAUUUAAUUGGCUCGCUGAUAAAUCGUUCAGGCCCUAAUUUCUACAUAACUUAAGAUCAGAAUCAACUUUUUUGAUAUGACUUAAUUAUUUUUAGCUUAUUUGCAGGUUGUCUGUCAUUAAACGAGUCAAACUCUAAUCGAAAAAAAAAAAAACUCACAUUUUUGUCAUUAUUCUGAUUUUGGAUGUUUCAUAAGGGUUAUUCCUUGUUGCACUUUUCGGUGUUAGUUUUGUGGAUUGAUAAAAGAAAGUUGUAUGGUUUGUAUUUCUUUUUUUUUAUUUGACUUCAGCAUGAUGAAGACAUUUAAAAGUUGGCCAUCUACGUUGUUUGUUUGGUAGUCUCAUACUGAAUUGUAUUUUCUGUUUGCAGGAGGGCGCUCUGACAGCCUUUAGGAAGACCUACGACAAGACGGUGGCUCUGGGUCACAGACUAGAUAUCGUCUUCUACCUGCUGAGGAUCGGUCUCUUCUACAUGGACAGUGACCUCAUCACACGCAACUCUGAGAAAGCAAAAAGGUGAGGUCUCUUCUAUCCUCAGCUGGAAACAUUUUUGCUAAUAGUGUCUCAGUGGUGUUGUAGGUUCUCAUCCACUUCACUGUGUUUACAGCCUCAUUGAGGAGGGGGGAGACUGGGACCGGAGGAAUCGUCUAAAGGUGUACCAGGGCCUGUACUGUGUGGCCAUCAGGGACUUCAAACAGGCUGCUGAGCUCUUCCUCGACACAGUGUCUACCUUCACCUCGUAUGAGCUCAUGGACUACAAGACCUUUGUCACCUACACCGUCUAUGUCUGUAUGAUCGCCCUCAAGAGGCCUGACCUCCGAGAAAAGGUAGAUCUCAGAGAGGAAGUUUGUUUGAAUUUCUCACUAAUGUCAGCAGUGAAAAAGAUGAUAAACACAGUGGAAAUUUGUGCAAAUUUUCACCAUUGUUGUACUGUUGUGUGUUGUCUCUAGGUAAUAAAGGGAGCAGAGAUCUUAGAGGUGCUGCACAGUCUGCCUUCUGUCCGCCAGUAUCUGUUCUCCCUGUACGAGUGCCGUUACUCUGUCUUCUUCCAGUCUCUGGGUGAGGAAUCUUGACCGUGAUUGUCAUAAAAACAUUGAAAUUUUUUUUUUUUAAUUUAAAUGUGAUUCACAAAUGAUUGAAAGACUUGAUUUCCCUUCACAGCCAUGGUGGAGCAGGAGAUGAAGAAGGAUUGGCUUUUUGCGCCACACUACCGUUACUACGUGAGGGAGAUGAGGAUUCAGGCCUACAGCCAGUUGCUAGAGUCCUACCGCUCACUCACCCUGGGCUACAUGGCUGAGGCGUUCGGUGUCAGCACAGAGUUCAUCGACCAGUGAGUGCCAGUACACCGUGUUCAUAUAUCAGAUCUGUGGUCACAUUAACGGUAACAGUCAAUUACACUGGUUGACCUUUUGUUCUCUUCAGGGUUUAGGAGCAGGGAGGUGUUGGAGGGCAUAUAAAUGCUCUCAGAUAGAGCUGGGUAGUUUUUUAGGAACGGGCAUGAUUAAUCAAUGAAUCAGGAUCAGAAUGCCCUUUAUUGUCAUCAUAUUGGAGAACAACGAGGUUGGAGAGCUUUUCUACCUAUUUCAAGUGCAAUAGAUAAGUAAAAAAAGAGAAAAACAGAAACAAAAUUAAGAGGUACAAUAAAAAUAGGUACAAAAUAUAUACAAUGUGCAAUGAAAACUAUAUACAAGAAUAAGGAAGAUAAAUAAAUAUUAAGAAUAAUAUAUGUGUGUGUGUAUUCAUAUAUCUUAUAUGUAUUUAUAUGUACAAUGAUCGAUUAAUUGAUCGUUAAGAAUUGCGUCGAUCGCGCAAAAUUUCGAUUGAUCGAGGAGGGCAGGUUUUUUUGCUUAUUUUCUGCCGUUCCCAUGAAAAGAUGAUCAAAUUGAUGAUUGAUCGUUAAUUAAUAUGAUUAAUUGAUUAAGGGACUUUUUUAAAAUGCCCAUCUCUAGUUUUUAUAGCCUCAUGUUACCAUGAAAAAAUCUGAUGGACAUACAUUUUGGAUAAUGAUUUUGUCCUGGGCGUGAUUUACUCUAAGAGUUCUUCAUUUGUUAUUGUUCUGUUGCAAUAUUUAAGCAGCUGCCUCACACCGAUGCUUUAAAUGAAUAAUUCUUUCCAAAUCAAGUGGAUUUCUGAUCUUGAUUUGAGGGAAAUUGGGUUGAUAGCUCUAGUUAGUGUUUGUCAGGACAGCACCCAUAUUGCAUAUCGACCCUGAUACUCUGACCGCACGGCCAAGCUUUGUCGUGUCGCUGCAGUAACGUAACAUGACUCUUGUACAACUUCAGACUUUCUGUUGUUAAAGAAAAAAAAAACUCUCCCAUGUCUUUGCUCUUUGAUUUGAGAUGUACACUCUCACUGCUCUGUACUGUAUGUGUCUUUAAAAGACAUACACAUUACUGAGCAUUACAGCAUUGAUUCUGUACCAUGCAUUGAUGCAGAGUGCAUGAUGGCAUAUUGCAGUAUCCAUAAUUGGAGCACAGCCCUUCAGAUAACGUUAUGUCAUAGAUUUUUAGAUUCAGGCUGGACCAGCGCUGAUCAAGAAUUCUUAGAAAACUAUGCGGGAAAUUUAUUUCUGUACUUGUCAUAUUCUGAAGCUGAAAACAUUAAAGCAAUGACCUGAAUCCACGUUUCCUUUUUAGAAGUAGGUGUUAGUGUCAACGAAAGGUCAACAAAAGAAUAUUUGAACAUUUACUGAAACACUUGUUUGAAAAAUGAAUCUUCUGUUGAAUAUGGAGAGAAACUGACCAAAAUCCUUUUCUCCUUCCUUAGGGAACUGUCCCGGUUCAUCGCUGCUGGCCGUCUCCACUGUAAAAUUGACAAAGUGAAUGAGAUUGUGGAAACAAACAGGUAAGAGCACUGAUCUAAUAUACGUCCAGAGUAGCCUACUUAAUAUGGACAGACCUCUAAACCCUUUUCAUGAUUCCUUCCAGACCUGACAGCAAAAACUGGCAGUACCAGGAAACCAUCAAGAAGGGCGACCUGCUGCUCAACAGAGUCCAGAAGCUGUCCAGAGUCAUCAACAUGUAACAACCGUGGCCAUGUGUUUUUUUUCAUCACAGCAGGGAGACUUGCAUCUUUCUUCUUGGUAUACCUGAUCCUGUAGUUUGUCAGACAAAGCGACUCAUGUGUAUAUAAUAAAGUUUGUUUAACUGUUGGA